UCCUAGGUUGUCCUUAAUUCCUCUCAUCAACAUAUAAACUUUAUAUGGUUUUUAUAUGUUAGACUCAAACGAGGAAAAAAGUGAGAGAACAUUUACAAGAAAAGAAGAACAUGGAUAGACUAAAUUUUGUUCUUCUUUUGCUAUUUUCUUGCUUGGUAAAGGUACAUGGAGAGGAUCCAUACUUAUUUUUUGAUUGGAAUGUCACUUAUGGAACUAUUUCUCCCCUUGGCGUGCCUCAACAAGUCAUUUUAAUCAACGGUCAAUUCCCCGGACCUAAAAUUAAUUGCACAUCCAAUAAUAACAUAGUUGUCAAUGUGUUCAACCAAUUGGACGAGCCAUUCCUUCUUACAUGGAACGGAAUCCAACAGAGGAAAAACUCGUGGCAAGAAGGUACCUUAGGCACAAAUUGUCCAAUCCUUCCUGGAAAAAAUUUCACAUACCAUUUCCAGGUCAAGGACCAAAUUGGAAGCUAUUACUAUUAUCCCACCACCGCGUUACAUCGUGCGACUGGUGGCUAUGGUCCUAUAAGUAUCCAUAGUCGCUUGUUAAUUCCCGUCCCAUUUGAUUCCCCUGAGGAAGAAUUCUCUGUUUUUGUUAGUGAUUGGUACACUAAAAGUCAUAAAACAUUGAGAAGUAUUUUAGAUGAAGGACGUUCGAUAGGAAGGCCAGAAGGAAUUAUUAUUAAUGGUAAAAAUGGGAAAGGAGAUGGAAAGGACGAGCCUAUGUUUUCUAUGGUCUUUGGAAAGACAUAUAGGUACAGGUUUUGCAAUGUUGGGAUGAAGGAUUCUAUUAAUGUAAGAUUCCAAGGCCAUACAAUGAAAUUGGUAGAAAUGGAAGGAUCUCAUACAGUUCAAAACAUGUAUGAAUCAUUGGAUAUUCACUUGGGACAAUGUUUAUCCGUUUUGGUGACCGCUGAUCAAGAACCCAAGGACUAUUUUCUCGUGGCUUCUUCGCGCUUUACGAAGGAACCCCAUAUCGCCACUGCCACCAUCCGUUAUACCAAUGGUAAAGAUCCUGCUUCACCUGAAUUGCCAAAGGCCCCAGAAGGAUGGGAAUGGUCUCUAAACCAAUUCCGCUCAUUCCGUUGGAAUUUGACAGCAAGUGCAGCUAGGCCUAAUCCACAAGGAAGUUACCACUAUGGCCAAAUCAACAUCACGCGUACGAUCAGGUUGGUGAGCACGGCCGGGGAUGUCGAUGGAAAACGUCGAUACGCCAUCAACGGCGUCUCACAUGUGGAUCCUAUAACUCCAAUUAAGUUGGCUGAGCUCUAUGGUGUUGCAGACAAAGUGUUCAAGUAUGACUUGAUUAAGGAUGAGUAUAUAGCUCCAAGUGGUAAUGAAAAGAUCACUCUCGCACCUAAUGUGGUUAAUGCUACAUACCGCAAUUUUGUGGAAAUCAUACUUGAGAACCAUGAGAAGAGUGUUCAAUCUUGGCACUUGGCUGGUUACAACUUCUUUGCUGUUGCGAUUGAAGCAGGGAGAUGGAAACCAGAGAGGAGGCAAAACUACAACUUACUUGAUGCAGUGAGCAGGAACACAAUCCAAGUCUACCCAAACUCUUGGGCUGCAAUUAUGACAACUCUUGACAAUGCUGGGCUUUGGAACCUAAGGUCCAAUUCAUUAGAGAGGCAAUAUUUGGGCCACCAACUCUACUUUAGUGUUCUUUCCCCAUCUUGCUCUUUGAAAGAUGAGUAUAACAUGCCAGACAAUGAUAUCUUGUGUGGCAUUAUCAAGGAUUUGCCUCUUCCAAAACCUUACUCUAUAUAAAAACACACUUUUUGUAUUCUCUUAAAGUAUCAUUUUUUGUGCUCCUAGUUACUAGGAUUUUUAAUUGUACAUCAUCUUCCAAGAAAAUUAUAAUUGAGAAUGGCGCAUUUUCACUUUGUAAUUUCUCU